AUGGAAACAAUUCUGAGGUUAAUUUCUUCUGAUAGCACCCACCCUGGAACCUUUGUGCUUUUCCUUGGUGUCGCUCUCGCUGUUACCGCCUUCCCUGUGCUAGCUCGUGUUCUUGCAGAGCUCAAGCUUAUCAAUACCAAGAUAGGUCGAAUUGCCAUGUCAUCAGCACUUGUCAAUGAUAUUUGUGCUUGGGUGCUCUUAGCCUUAGCCAUAGCCCUAGCCGAGACCAGCUCUUCGAGUUUGACUUCAGUCUGGGUGAUUCUCUCGAGUGCCGCCUUUGUGGUGGUGUGUAUCUUCUUGGUUCGACCCGCAAUCAUGUGGAUGGUCCGUCGUACACCUGAGGGUGAACCGUUCAGUGAUUUUUACAUAUGCCUUAUACUCACAGGGGUUAUGAUAUCAGGGUUUAUUACUGAUGCUAUAGGAACACAUUCUGUGUUUGGGGCCUUUGUUUUUGGACUUAUCAUCCCAAAUGGACCUUUAGGUGUAACCCUUAUUGAAAAGCUUGAAGAUUCUGUAUCAGGACUUCUACUUCCUCUGUUUUUCGCCAUCAGUGGUCUUAAGACUGAUGUUCGUCAAGUUGGCGACUUUAAAGUCUGGCGUAAUCUGAUGCUUGUCAUCAUAUUGGCUUGUUCUGGAAAGGUUGCUGGCACCACUGCUGUCGCUUACUUCUACAACAUGCCAAUCCGUGAAGGAAUCACCCUCGGCUUGCUCAUGAACACCAAAGGUCUUGUUGAAAUGAUCGUCCUAAACGUUGGAAAGGACCAAAAGGUAAUAGAUGAUGCAUCAUUUUCGAUCAUGGUGAUAUCAGCAUUGAUAAUGACUGGUCUGAUUGCUCCCCUGGUCACCGCUAUUUACCGGCCAGCAAGAAGAUCUGUAGCAUACAAGAGAAGAACCAUACAGAAAUCAAAACCAGACGCAGAACUCAAAGUAUUGACUUGCAUUCACACACCAAGGAAUGUGCCGACCAUAAUAAAUCUACUGGAAGCCAGCCACCCAACCAGAAGAUCCCCAAUAUGUGUGUACGUGCUACAUUUAGUAGAACUAACAGGGCGAGCAUCAGCAAUGCUCAUAGUGCACAAUACCAGAAAGUCAGGUCGACCAGCUCUCAACAGAACACAAGCUCAAUCAGAUCAUAUCAUCAAUGCCUUUGAAAAUUAUGAGCAGCAUGCUCUAACUGGGUCUGUCUCGGUUCAGCCUUUGACAGCCAUUUCUCCCUAUAACUCAAUGCAUGAAGAUAUUUGUCAUUUAGCACAGGAAAAACGAGUGGCCUUUAUUAUUAUCCCCUUCCAUAAGCAACAAACUGUGGAUGGGGGAAUGGAAUCAACAAAUCCAGCUUUUAGAACUAUAAACCAGAAUUUAUUAGCCAACGCACCUUGCUCGGUUGGGAUCCUUGUUGAUAGAGGGCUAAGUGGGUCGACCCGUUUGGCUGCAAACCAGGUGUCACACAACAUAGCAGUGCUCUUCUUUGGUGGGCCUGAUGACAGGGAGGCACUUGCAUAUGCAUUGAGGAUGUCAGAACAUCCAACCAUCACUGUAACUGUAAUGCGAUUCAUACCAGGUGAUGAUGCUUCUAGAGCAGCAACCGUGGAGCCAAGUCGUGAGCCUGGGGACCCGCGAGUGCUGACUGUGAUAACUGAUGCCGAACAAGACAAGCAACUGGAUGAAGAAUAUAUCAAUGACUUCAGAUCGAAGACAACCAACAGCGAAUCAAUCACAUACACGGAGAGAAUUGUAAACAAUGGGGAAGAAACAGUGGCUUCAAUAAGAGCAAUAGAAACUGUUCACGAUCUAUACAUAGUGGGAAGAGGACAAGGCAUGAUAUCACCGCUUACAGCCGGUCUAACAGAUUGGAGUGAAUGUCCUGAACUUGGAGCAAUUGGGGACAUGUUAGCAUCAUCAGAUUUUGCAGCAACAAGCUCUGUUCUAGUGGUGCAACAAUAUGUUGGUUUAGGGCCACAACAUGAGUCUCCAGCAACUCCUGACAGCCCCACUGCUCCAGAUCUUGAUGAGCAAUUAAACGCAGGAUUACACCAGCAAAGACAACAACCAGGAAAGGGCCAGAAUGCCUUCAAUCUCUAA